AUGAAGACUCUUAGACCCAUAUGUUUCCUUGUUUUCUUCAGCUAUGUUCAGUGUCAGACUCUUCAGAGAAGUUUACUAGCUGCAGCCUCGCACCACAUUAAUAGCCAGAAUUACCUGCAGGAGAACUUAAAAGACAUCACCAGCAUCAUGGUGGCUCAGUUUCUCCAGAAAUUAACUUUUGAAGAAGUACAAACCAUAGUCGAAGAGGUGGUAGAUCUUGCAGACAAGUGCAAGAUCCUCAAGGCACACGAGUCACCAUCAGAAUGCUCUCACCAGUUGAUGUCUACCUUCCUAGAGCACAUUUGUAAUAACCAAGGAAAGGCUGACAAACAGGAGUUUUCUGACUGUUGCAAUAUAAAUAACAAAGCAAGACUCAAGUGCUUCCUAUUAUACAAAAAAGAUGAUGCAAGUUGCAGUGAUAUAUUCCUAAUUCCAAAUCCUGAGCAGAUCUGUGAGAUGGAUGAAGAGAAUCAAGUGUCAGUGAAGGAGAGGUACAUUUAUGAAAUGUCUCGAAAGCAUCCGUUCUUGUACGGACCCACAAUUCUGACCAUGUCUGCUUGCUAUGAAACAGCUAUCCAGUCAUGCUGUCAAGAAAGAAAUAAAACUGAAUGCCUCCAGAUAAAGCUAGAACCCAUCAAAAAAUACAUUAAAGAAAUAUCUUUGAGGCAUCACCAUUUGUGUGAAAUUGGGAUUAAGUUCAAGCACCAAGUAGCAAAAGCAGUGGAAUUGGUUCUGCUGACUAAAAAACUACCAGAAGGUAACUUCUCUGAAAUUGCCAGGCUGGCUGUGGAUACACAAAAUCUACAUCAGGCCUGUUGCGAAGGAGACGUCGUCACAUGUGUACUCGGCAGGAGCCAGCUUAUGAACUAUACCUGCUCCAAACAGCUGAGCCUCUCCAGCAAAAUCAGUCCGUGCUGUGCACAGCCGGCGCCGUUCCGAGGGGAGUGUGUGAUCAGCUCAGAAAACGAGCAGAAGCCUCACCUUGCAUCCUUGCCACUCGGCAGAUUUACAGAAGACCGAUCUGUGUGUGAACAAUUCUCCCACGAGCCAGAUGAUUUCCUGCAAGAGUUUCUUUAUGAAUAUUCAAGAAGACACUCAGAAUUGGCAGUUCCUGUGAUUUUAAGAGUGGAUACGGUCUAUCAAAAUUUAUUGGCAAAUUGCUGUAAAUUAGAAAAUCCUCUGGAAUGCUAUAGCCGUGGGCAAGAGAUGUUCCAAAGAGUGGUUCGUGAAAGCCAUGAGCGUGUGAAACAUCACUGUGAUUUGCAUGAGAAAUUGGGAGAGGCUGACUUCCAUGACAGGCUCAUAAUCCUUUAUACUAAGAAAGCCCCACAACUAUCUGCUCAAGAGUUGGUUAUGUUCACAAAGAACAUGGCAGCUGCUGCCACCAAAUGUUGCCCACUAAGAGAUGAGCAACGAUUUGCCUGCAUGGAGGACUCGGCAAAACUAAUUCUUGGAGAUUUAUGCAGAAGACAUGAGGCAGAGCCUAUCAAUGCUGGUGUAGGCCACUGCUGUGAUGACUCCUAUGCCUUCAGGAAGCCGUGCUUUGAUGAUCUGCGAGUCGAUGGGACUUCUCCACCUUUAUCCUGUGACCAAGUCAUCAGCCUUAAAGAGAACUUGUGCAAAGCUCAGGAGGAGUUCCAAACUGAAAAACACAAGCUCCUCAGCAACCUCGUGAAGCAGAAGCCAUACGCAGCAGAGAUGCGGUUCCGAUCCAUGAUGGACAGUUUUGCCCACGUGGUGGAGAAGUGCUGCCCAGCAGAGACAAGUGAAAUGUGUUUCCGAGAAGAGGGGUCCAAACUGAUUGAAAAGUGCCAGUCUCUCUUGGGAAGCAAAUGA